UCAGCGCCGUCGUGUGCUGACGCUACACGUAGCCUGCCAGGAGGAGGGGUCUGGACAUUUUUUUCCUUCUUUUAUUUCCUUUUUCCCCUUUUUUCUUUUCUUUCUCUUUUUUUUCUCCCCUUUUCUCCACUCGUUCACUUUUAUCUCCUUCCCAUCAUUUAUUUUGUCGGUUCUUCUAUUUUGUGAUGCCCCCUAGUCUCCCACGCGUGUCUCCGGCGGACUCCCCUGUCUCGCAUAGCCGGGGCUGACCGGGCUGAGACACCCAUAUCAUUCCUACUGAAGCAGCAGCAGCAGCUCCUCGACUUCAUACCGAAUUAUUAGUUCGCUUUCAUUCCUUCCCUCAACCUUCCCUGAAGCUCUGGGCCCUGAUCUCUGGGAGACCCCUACAGAGAGUGGGGACAAGAGACGUCCGAUACGAACAAGUUGCAGGUUGCUACACCCUGCUCUGUAUUAUGCUGAAGAUGUCCCAUGGCCGCACAACCAAGGAAGCUCUAGAGAUUAUGAAGGAGUCGGAGAAGUGUCUGGUUGAGGAAUCUUUAAACCGGAGCAAGGUUGUGUCCAGAUCCCCUAGUAAAGAGGAUCAGGAAUCUGAUGAUCCAAACUCACGCCAAGAUCCACAGAGGCGGAAUGCAAGCCACGGACAUGCUAGGAAGAGAGCCAAGUCUAACUCAAAGUUAAAGCUUGUAAGAAGUUUAGCUGUGUGUGAAGAGUCUUCUGGACCUUUUGUAGACGGUAUUCUGGAACCUCAGGAUGUCAUUCAUCUACAUAUUAGCUGCCCAUCUGACAAGGAAGAGACGGCCUGUAAAGAUGGAUCUGAGAAAGAAGAGAAAAGUAUAGAAAAGGGUCCUAAGAAAAUGCUGUCCAGAGACUCUAGCCAGGAGUACACAGAUUCUACAGGAAUAGAUGUACAUGAAUUUUUAGUGAAUACACUGAAAAAUAAUCCAAGGGACAGAAUGAUGCUGCUAAAAUUAGAACAAGAAAUUCUUGAAUUCAUUAAUGAUAAUAGCAAUCAGUUUAAGAAGUUUCCACAGAUGACCUCAUAUCACAGGAUGCUUUUGCACCGUGCUGCUGCCUACUUUGGCAUGGAUCAUAAUGUAGACCAAACAGGCAAAGCCGUCAUCAUCAAUAAGACCAGUAACACACGAAUUCCUGACCAGAGGUUUUCUGAGCACAUCAAGGAUGAGAAGAGCUGUGAAUUCCAACAACGGUUCAUUCUGAAGAGAGAUGAUGCCAGCAUGGACCGGGAUGAUAAUCAGAUUAGAGUACCAUUACAGGAUGGUAGACGGAGCAAGUCCAUAGAAGAGCGAGAAGAGGAAUAUCAACGGGUACGGGAAAGAAUUUUUGCACGGGAGUCUGCCCAAAAUGGUCAUAUUGUAGAAAGCAGAAUCUACAGAGAAGGCUUUACCGCUAUUUCUCACAAAAGGAGACAGUUGUUUAGAGGGAACAGAGACUUGCUGAAUCGAGGCUCUUGCAGUCGGCAGAGCAGCACUGAAAGCGAGCUGAAGUCUUUGGAUCCCAGGCCCUGGAGUAGCACAGACUCAGAUGGCUCCUGUCGUAACAUGCGUCCUCCAGUAACCAAAGCCAGCAGCUUUAGUGGCAUCUCCAUCUUAACAAGAGGGGAUAGUAUUGGGAGCAAUAAAAGCACCACCAACCGCACUGGCAGGCCAGGCUUGCCGCUUGGUACCCCAGAGGUUUGCACUCAAGUUUCUCAGCAGUCCACUCGAAGCAUAAUACCAUGCAAUGCACAGCAGCAGCCCCAUCCUCACCAAGCACUUCCACCCACUCCCCAGCAACAGUCCAUGAGUAACCACUUAAUAUCACAGACCCUCCAGCCCUCUUCACAACCAGUCCAGUACUCCGCCAGCUCCUGCCCCCAAGUCCUUCUACCAGUUUCACCUCCCCAGCAGUACAAUGUGGCGGAUGACAUAAAUAAUCAUUUUCAUCAGAUGACUCUUAGUCGCCAGGGCUCAUCUGAGGCACCAGAUCCUUCCUCUGCCAUCUACCAACCACCCCUCAUCUCCCAGCAUCCCCAGCAGGCUGGCUACAUCAUGACAUCUGGGGGGCAAGCUCUUCCCACCACUGGCUACCCUUCCUCAGGGCACCCAUCCCAAACUCAACAAGUCAUCUCUCAGCAGGGAUACAUGCAGCCUCCACAGCAAAUUCAGGUCUCGUAUUACCCCACGGGGCAGUACCCAAACUCUAGCCAGCAAUACAGACCUUUGUCACACCCAGCUGCCUACAAUUCACAGCGUAAUCAGCAGGUCACCCAACCACCUCAGCAGCCUGGUAUGCAGCCCAUUGUUCCCAGUCAGCCUCCUGCUUACCAAGGCAUGAUGAGUGUGCAGCAGUCACAGAAUUCUGCCAUAAUUAGCAACCAGAGAGCUAGUGUUGGCAAUCAGAUGCAGAGUAUGAUGGUGCAGUUCACUCCACUCCCCUCAUAUCAAGUCCCAGUUGGAAAUGAAUCACAGGGAGUUGUGCCGCAGACCUAUCAGCAGUCAGUGCUGGUGCCCACCAACCAAUCAGUUCAGGGAGCCAUGCCAACCAGUGGGAUGCCAGUUUACUACAGUGUUAUACCACCAGCUCAACAAAAUGGCUCUAGUCCUUCAGUUGGCUUUCUCCCGCCUCCUGGCUCAGAGCAAUACCCAAUUCCUCAGUCUCCCUCACCUUGUAGCCCUACACAGAUUCAACAGCAGUAUCCAGGCGUGAACUCUUCAGGCCUUGGAGUUGUUGUAAUGCAACUGAAUGUACCCAACGGCCCACAGGCUCCUUCCCAGAACCCACAAAUGGUACAGUGGAACCACUGCAAAUAUUUUAACAUGGACCAGAGGGGACAGAAGCCUGAACAUUUAUAUAACCCAGAUGUCAGCAGUCAGGCCAGUAACCUGCUGAGCAGUCCCAUUACUUCCCCAGCACAGUCUCCAACACCUUCCCCAGGCUCCAACAUAAAUAGUGUGUGCACUGGUCUUUCACCACUUUCUGUCCUCACUCAGUUCCCUCGGCCUGUGGGCCCUGCACAAGGGGAUGCUCGAUACUCCCUUCUAGGACAACCACUGCAGUACAACCUCUCUGUCUGCCCCCCUUUGCUGCACAGCCAGUCCACAUACUCUACACAAAUGACUGGGAUGAAGCACGGAAACCGAGGGAAAAGGCAGGCUCUGAAAUCUGCUUCAACGGACUUGGGCACAACUGAUGUAGUUCUUGGCCGGGUCUUGGAAAUAACAGAUCUGCCAGAGGGCAUCACUCGAGCAGAAGCUGGAAAGCUUUUUACACAGCUGGCAAUGUCCGGGGCCAAAAUCCAGUGGCUGAGAGACGCUCAAUGUCAUAAUCAAGGGCCCAAUGGUGACAACAAUGGACCUACAGAAAAUGGCCGCCAAACCCACAACAGUGAUCUGGCAGCAUUUUACACCAUUGUGGCAGUCUUCCCAAGCACCACAGCAGCACAGAAUGCCUCAAUACAGCUUAAUAACCCAAUCAGCCGCUUCAAAUUGCGUAGCAUCAAGAAGAACUAUGAUUUACGCAUACUAGAACGUGCCAGCUCCCAAUAGCAUGUGGAAAAGGGUGGGAGAGGUGUGAGAAAAUCGGCAAGAAGACAGAGAAGGGGGAAAAUAGACUUCUUACUCCCCCCUUUUUUUAUCACUCUCUUGCCUUCUUCUCUUUCCUGCCCCAAAAAAUAGAAGCACACUGGACUUAUACAGCCUCUCCCUUCCCCAGUUCUGUUUACUUCUUUCGUCCUUGUUUUUUGCCAGUCCCUUUCACUUGCUUCUCUUGGCUCACUUUGUUUUGUCAUGGGUGACUAAUUCUAGUUAUCAAGAGUCAUAAACCGGGUAGCAAUUAUAAAGUUACUCUCCCAAUCUUUCAGCCAUAUUCACAUUCUGUAAUAUAAAAAUAAGGAUACAAAUAAUAUUUCACAAAAGUUAGAAUUUCAUAUCAAGUGUGCACAUUUAUUCACCUGAAAUGAAUGAAUGAAACUUUUGUACUCUAGAUCUGAAAGGCUCUCUAGUGGAUCUUUUGUGCAGUUUCUUGUUGGAAGCAGCAGGAGUAAUCUAGUUUGAGUGCCACCUCCAUACAAUUUUGAAUACAGAAGCAGUAAAAUAUGCAGCAUUUUGGUUGAGCUGAAAAUGCAAUGAAUAAUGGUACAUAUUCUUUCUGUACGCCCGCCCAUUUUCCCCCUAUAGUGACAAAAAAUUUGUUAACAAGACUACUGGUAAAACAAAAGAGAGGAAAAAGGAAUUUAUCCAAAUACCACAUUUAUGCUGUAUUGCAAAUGGCACCAAAUCUUCCAGUGACUUACAAACACAUGAACAUGUGUUGCUUAAAAAGUCUCAAUUAAUUAUAUUUUUGUUGUAUACUCCUUAGACCACUGUGUGUGUUCAGUAUGUGUGUGAAUAGGCCUUGUCCUAGCUCUAGGACUCGUUCCGGAUGUUUUAGCCACACCUGCUGAUCUUCUAGAAUGCAUUCCGUCCUGUGACUUCCUACCGAUACAAUACAAGGACUGAUACAAAACAUAUUUGAAGGAGUGGGGAUCCAUCUGUUGUGACUUUGUGUGUAGUUGGCAGACAAAGCCAAUAGAUGUGGCCUAUGCGGUGUACCAACCAAACCUCAGUGUCUGAGACUAGGAGUCUUUCACACACAAACCGUAUACACAGGGUGUUCUAAGACUAUGGUUUGUCUCACCCACAUCAUAUUUUACAAACAAGACACUUUGUGAGAAUUUAACUGUAACACUCUGUUUUUAGUUGUUUUUUUUCAGGCAAGAGUGUGGGACAGCAUUAUCUGUCUUACCCAGUUAUCUGCUAUACUCUAUGCAGGGUGCUUGACCCAAACCCAUGGAGAAUGCAACCCUUAUGGAGUGAUAGUAAGUGCAAAUGGUGCUAAAAGGGACACCGUUUUAGAGGUAUCUGUAUGUAGUUGAAAAAAAAACAACAACAAAACAAGCUUUUAGAAACAGGCUCAAUUAAAAGGAGGGGACUACACUGUGUACCCCCUGGGUAUCUCCCAACAACUUCAAUAACAGACAAUGCCACUAAAGUGCUACUCUGCACAUCCUCAUGUCUGAAAUAAAGUCUGCUGAAACCAUAGUGGUGGAAGUCCUGGCUUCAUACUAAUGCUGCCUUGCCAGUGACCCUGGAACUAGAGUUGUACACCCCAAAUCUCUAUCCGUUUCCACUCUUGGCUCAUUCACAGCUUCUCGCACAUUAUUUCACUCUAACCUCGAAAUCAACUUUAUUGAUGCCUUUCCUUUUAGACUUUGUCUUUUGCACUUUUCAAGUUCAUGUACAUUUUUUCCUUCAUUUGUAGUUUUUCCUUUUCUUUUCCUCUCUUUUCCUUCACAUCAUUGUGUUCAUCAAUUCUGACCUCUCCUCCGGGUCUCUUGUUUUUAUUCUUCUUCUCCCUUUAUUUGUUUCAUAUCUUGCACCCAUUUCUCUACCUUGUAGGCAUUAUUCUGACUAAAGCGAUGAAACCUGUUACCCCCACCUAGCUCCUGUUUAAAGAAACAUUGACCCAUUUGUUGAUCAAGAGUUUAGAUUCUCUGCACCAGGUACCAAGCUGCCACAUGCUGAAGGAAGAGACAGAGAAAAAUUACUUUUUUUGCCCAGAGUGGAAAAUCGACCUUUUAUUUCUUUUUCUUGGAGUUGGUUGUCCCUGAACAUUGUAAAGUUUUUUUUUUUCUUUGAUGCUUGUGAGAGUACAUUAACAUGGGUAUUUAUUUGCACAGAUGGGCUGUACUCACUGUAAAUUUUAUUUAAUCCAAUUUUGUUUUUAAAUAUGGAAAAAAAAGUAUGUGUCACAUUAAAAACAAGUGUGUCCUUUU